AUGGCAUGGUCUGAUCUCCCCAUAGAUCUCCUCCAUUGCCUCUCAUCGCACUUUCCCAUUGUAGACUACCUCCGAUUCGCUGCCACAUGCACAUCGUGGAAUUUCGCUCUUGCCAAGAAUGAUCUCUUUAGAAUUCAACGUACUCCAUCCCCAUGGUUGCUUCUUCCCAACAAUGCCGGAGAGGCCUCUGACACACUUACUUUCUGCGAUCUUACCACCAAAAAAGAAGAAGGCGGCAUCGGCUGCAAUCGUUGCUUCUCCUGCAUUGGUAACCACAUCUCUGGCCGUCGCUGCUAUGGCUCCAAGGAUGGAUGGCUCGUGACCCUUGACCUAACUUAUUUGCAACCUUGCCUCUUCAAUCCUCUAACAAAAGCUGAAAUAUCACUUCCAUCCCUCUUCACCAUCCCCGAAGAUCAACGGCAAAGGAUCAAACCCGAAUACGACCUCGAUGGUCAUAUCAAGUAUUAUUAUGAUGAAAAGCAUCCAUCAUAUGUCAUUGAUGCAGAAAGUUUCCGUGAUCUAUAUUUCCAGAAGAUUGCCAUUUCCUCUAGCGACCCAUUCGGUACCAUUGUUGUUAUUUACGGCUUUAUAAAAUUACUAGCUUUGGCAAGGCCUGGUGACCAUGCUUGGGUUCUCGGGCCACAACUGCCUCCUUACCACGUUGACCAAUUUGAAGAGUUUGAAGAUGUUUACUUUCAUGAAGAAGAGCAAAUGUUCUAUGCAAUCACACAUUUCUCAGCAGUAUUGGCAUUUGACCUUGAAGGAAAAAAUGUUAAAUUUGUUUGCCAAGCAAUACAAGAUCCAUAUUCCACUGACUCUUAUUGCAGGAACUACAUUGCAUUUUUAUCAGGAACUCUUCUAAAAAUUAAGAGGGAGAUCAGUGGUAUGGAGGUUGAUGAAAGAUAUACAAAGAAGACAACCAAAAUCUCUGUCUUUAAGUUUGUGCCGGCUAUUAAUGCUUCUUCUUGUUCUUCCUCUCAAUGGAUCUCCAUGACAGACUUGGGGGAUUUCUCUUUGUUUAUAGGUUACAACCAAACAAUUUCAUUACAUCACACAGUAGCUCUUGGAAUUAGACCAAACUGCAUAUACUUUGCCGAUCAUGCGGACAUCAUGACACAAGAUGAUGCUACUCGUGAUGCUGGACUUUAUGAUCUUCAUAAUGAUUGCUUCCAAUAUUUCCUUGAUUCUAAUUCACAGCCUAACUGGCCCCCUUCAAUAUGGUUCACACCAUCACUUUAA